AACAUCAUCCCUAACAACGAGGCCGAAUGAAUAUAUUUUCGGUGGUAAAAUUUUCGUGUGUUUUUUUGUAAAUAAUAGCAAAUUGCGCACUUUCAAACUUUGUGAAUUAGUUGCGUAGCCUGAGAACAAACCCAGGAGCACAGUCAAAGAGUGUCGCUAUCUAGGCAUAAUCUACAAAUAUUAUUUUGUACAGUGCGUGCGUCGAAUAGACUGGGCAGCGGCCAUUUUGAGCACAGGCAAACGUCAGCACCCUUUGUACAAUUUUCCUACUGAGCUAAGAUAUUAUCCGUACUUCAGAAGCCGCUGAGAGAAUUUACGCGCAGAGUCGAAAGCUUGCUGAACGUAAACAAAACCAGUAACAAAACUUAGCACAAGAAAUGGCUGAUGAAGAUAUCACACUGAACGAGGACCAGCUCUUGGAGUCGAUGGAAGAGACUAAUGGCGAGCAGGAGACUGAAAUUGUGACAGAGACUGAGGAGGAAGGCAGCAUGCAAAUCGAUCCCGAACUGGAGGCCAUCAAGGCCCGUGUCAAAGAGAUGGAGGAGGAGGCCGAAAAAAUAAAGCAAAUGCAGUCUGAAGUGGACAAACAAAUGGCCGGUGGGUCCACAACCGGUCUAGCCGCAGUACCGCUUUCCCUCGAGGAGAAGCAGGAGAUUGACACGAGGUCCGUCUAUGUGGGGAAUGUGGACUACGGGGCAUCUGCGGAGGAGCUCGAGGCACAUUUCCAUGGAUGCGGCACCAUCAACCGGGUAACAAUCCUGUGCAACAAGGCUGACGGCCAUCCCAAGGGCUUUGCCUACAUUGAGUUUGGCUCAAAGGAGUUCGUUGAGACGGCCCUGGCCAUGAACGAAACCCUGUUCAGAGGACGACAGAUCAAGGUCAUGUCAAAGCGCACAAAUCGCCCUGGCCUCUCCACCACAAAUCGCUUUGCCCGCGGCAGCUUCCGGGGGCGAGGAGCUCGUGCAUCAAGGGCCUGCUGUCACUCGACCUUCCGAGGUGCUCGCCGAGCAAUAAGGGGUUACCGCGGUCGUGCCAACUACUAUGCUCCCUACUGAUCGUUGUUAAAUAGAACCCACUAGUAAGAUUUUUUUACCAAUUUAUUCAAAAAACAUUAUUUUUUGCCAAACUUCUUUGCUAAAUAGAAAACAAAUAAAAUAUAAAAGAAAAUAAGAGAGAAAACAUACCAAACAAGAGAAAAUAACAGACAAAAAUUAAUAAGAAUUGUUUUAAUAAUAAUUUAAAAAAAAGAACAGCAGCAAGCAAAUAUAUUUACAAAAAAAAAACAGUCGAAAAGAUGAAAACAAAUCUACAAAAAAAUCAACAUGGACUUGGCUAUAAUGUUUUUUGAAGCACCCAAACACCAAACACCCCUCUUUUCACAUAUUUUUAUUUUCAAAUAAAAAAUCAAAAAACCGAAUGAAAAUAAAAAUCCAGAUAAUCCAGAAACAAAAAAAAUUAAGACAAACUCGAGAGAAGUGGUUUAAAAAAUGAGAAAAUAUAUAUUUAAAAGAGAAACCAACCACAAGCGAAAAGAAAAGAAGUUAAAAGAUGGCAAUAACUCGAGUAAAUAAAAGGAUGAAAAAAAAGAAUAAAAAUGCAAUAGACUAAAAGAUGACAAAAUACUUGGGAUACAAAAGAAACCAGAAAAGAAAACCACAAAAUAGAUAAAACAGAAAAAUAAUAAUGAAAUUACGGUCUUACGUUAAUGCAUAUAUUCGAAAAAAUAUAUAAAUAGAGUAAAGAAAAAGAAAAGAAGAUUGCAUUUUUCUGUCACGAAGAAGAAACAAGAUGACAAAUAUAAACGAAUUAAACAAGCAAGCGUUAACGCCUUUCCUUUUGGGCGGGACACAUUAAGG